AUGCCCGCUCGGGCUAGGAGCUCGGACAGUCACGUGCACAUUACUAAUCCUUGCAUCCUAAAGGCGGAAGUGGGAGGUCUCUCAUCUGUCAUUGUCCCUCAUAUCCCCUCCCAAGCCUCCUCUGUCGCUUUUGCGCACCGCCAGAAUGUUCCGCACUGCUCCUCGUUCGUGUUCCGUGAGAACCGUGUCCCCUUCUACCAGCGUCUUUUCCAGAACAACUCCGACGGCAAGCGCCAGUGGUGGAAGACUGAGCGCAGUGGCUACGUCAUGUACCCCUACCUGAUCUCCGUCUACGGCAUGGGCAUUGCUACCACCUAUGCCAUGUGCCGCAUGGUCUUUGGCCACAAGACCUGGUUCGGCAAGGACUAAAUGCAGUCCUCUCUCACUAGACACUAUUUCGUCAAAACAACUCGGCUUCUUGGCUUCGAUUGGCGGUGUAUCUCUAUUUUUGCGAUAAGUGGCUUGAGAGGAAGAUUGCCGACGUUGUACAUAAGAUAACCUAAGGCGUCAAUGCGAGAAGUCGUUUCUCUAUGCAAUAUCUCUGCUGCGAAAGAUUUGAUCCAAAUAGAUUCGCCAUUUGUCAUGGUCACUCGUCACGAUCCUCCCACUUGUUAACGCAAAAGACUGUAGAUGAUGCCCACAGGAGCGGGUUUCGAAGAUACUAUAAAUGUUCAAGUUUGGACUCGUCCUGCCACACCGAAGGUGAGAAGUGGAGGGCAUUCGUACUGGGCCUAGUCAUUGGUCAAUGCAUACAAAGCAUUUAGUAGUAGAAUCCAAC